AUGGAAGAGCGCCCGACGUGGGAACCGGAGGCCUGGGGCUCCUCUGGAGGGUGGUCGGCACCCCGGGAGGCCAGAGCAGGCCCGUCGCUCUCCUCUGUGCUGAAUGAGCUCCCCAGUGCUGCUACCCUUCGGUACCGAGGUCCUGGGGUUCUGCCGUGGGGGGCAUUGGAGGAGGAGGAAGAAGAUGGAGAGAGGAACGUCCAAGCCAUCGCAGAAGCCGCCCAAAAGGAGCUGGAGGAGCCCCUCCCCUCCCGGGAACUGCCCUGGCCCAUGCAGGCCCGCCGGGCACACAGGCAGAGCCAUGCCAGGGACCAGGUGGCUCAGGGAUCGGGUUCCAGAUCCACACAGUGGGCCCUGCGGCUUCGGCGGUCCAAGGAGAAGAUGAAGGCAGGCCUGCACACCUUGCAACCCUGGGCGUGGACGCUGAAGAGAAUUGGGGGCCAAUUUGGCGCCGGCACUGAGUCCUACUUCUCCCUGCUGCGCUUCCUGGUGCUUCUGAACGUGCUGGCAUCAGUACUUAAGGCCUGCAUGACGCUGCUGCCCACCUGGCUGGAAGGGACUCCCCCGGGUCCCCCUGGCCCUAACACCUUCUCAUCCUGCGGCUUCUACAACCCCAACCCCCAAGGCCUGGUCACCUUCCCCACCCAUCUCUUCAACCUGCUCUCCGGAGAGGGUUUUCUAGAAUGGUCUCCUCUCUUCUAUGGGUUCUACCCGCCCCGCCCACACCUGGCAGUCACCUACCUGUGCUCCGUGUUUGUCAUUGGCCUCCUGUACCUGCUGCUCAUCCUCCAUCGGUCA